CUUCUCGAGCCAUUCUUCUACUGCUUGUCCUUCCGAUUGCGGGAUCCUAGACUCUCUUUAGCCAGCUCACAUGGACCCUUUCGCCGGACCGUCAACCUCGACACCUCAGCGAGGCAGCUCCAGCGGCGCAAGCAGGGGCAGCCGGGGCGGCGGCAAUCGUGGUAAAGACGGCUCUUCCUCUGGCCGCGGUGGUGGCUCCAAGAAGACCUCUUCCUCCACUGCCCAGAGCGGAGGCGACAAUGCAGGCAGGGGCAAGAGGGGGCCAGGUAGACCAAGAGGCAGAGGAAGAGGAAGAGGUCGUGGGAGAAUAGCAAGCUCGUCUCUGGGAAGGGAAUCGCUUACCAGUCGGAGGUCCGAGUCUACUACACGCGGAGGAACAGUCGACCCUAGAGGAUCAGCUGCUCGAGGAACUGCUGCCCCUGGCUCACCUGGGGCGGAAGAGGAUGGCGCUGGUACGGUCAGGGUCAGAGAGGGUAGGGAGGACGAGGAAGACGAAGAUGAAGAUCCGGCGGACGAGGAUGAAGAUGAAGGACUGCUGGAGAAUCUUGGCGAGGAGGAGAUGAAGUGGAGAGAGGAAAUGGAGAGGAUACGAGGUCAAGCAAUGGGACCGCUGAUUGCAGCCAUGUCGGAAGACCAGUACGAUCGUCACGAAUGCUACCGUCGUGCUGGCUUCAAUCGCGCCAAUCUCCGGCGGCUGGUCAACACUCAUCUAGGUGGCGGUGGGACCGGAGCGAGUGUGAAUCCAACAAUGACGAUGGCGUUCGGAGGUGUAGCCAAGGUGUUUGUAGGAGAGAUUAUCGAAGGGGCGCGUCGUAUCCAAUCCCUCAACCCCGAACUUCCAGAAGGCUCACCUCUCUCCCCCGCCUCCAUUCUAGAGUCUUACAGACUCUACUCUCAGUCUCACGCCGAGAGCGCUUCUUCCAAUGGACUAGCAAGAGGCAGGGCAAACGCCGAGGUGGUCAAUGCUGGUGCGGCACUUGGGGGCGGGAUGGGUGGAAGGAGAAGACUCUUUUGAAAAGAAAGGACGCGGGAGGCGAUGGAGAGGAAGAGCGUACCAGUCAGUCAAUCCGUAGGGAUCUCAAACCCUUCUGUAUCCAUAUCAUUUAGUCACAAUUAUACAGCACGCAAGUGUCCGGAGCGAAAGGCG